AUGGAAUUCAUAGUUCCGGAGAGACUCGAGAUGGCGCGCAUCAAGAUGCAGGUCGCGCUCAAGUUGUCGGACAAAUGGCAGAUCACCGAUGCAUCGCAGCUCCACUGGCGGAAGAAGCUGAAGCGUGCUGCCGAAGAUUGCGGCAAUGUGGCACACAAAUGCAGGCAAAUUUCUCUGGAAGAAGACAAGUCAGAGCAGGUGAUAAGGCAAUCCUCGUUUCCCAGACGUAUCGCACACGCGGCAAAGGCAUUCAUCUCCUCUUUCGUCAGCCGUGACAAUGAUCACUGCUCUGCGGUUACCAUCACCACUGUCCGAAGAUUUGAGAGGCUCGCGGACGGUGCUGCUGAAUUUGUAAGAUUUGUGCAGCUUGGCGGAACACCCCGCCAUCACCUGUUCUUCGACCCUCUCAUUGGGCAUAUGUUCGCGGGGAAAACGAUAACGUAUCAGCUGUUGCAUCCGGGAGGUCAGUAUCACUACUUCAACAUUCGCCCUAUGAGUUUCGAGGAGCGUGGGCUGGAGGCUAUGCUAUCCUUCAUAUACGAAGAUUGCAAGGUUCCCAAGAACAGUUUUGGGCUCGGAGUCAUGAUGCGUCUUUCAGAGAGUACAGACAUAAUUGGUACCACUGUCAAGUGCUUGCAACUGGUGACGCCUCACUUCAAGUCCAUGGUUGGCGUUGUCAUCAAAGAGAUCACCCAGCUCCCUACACAAGAUUUUUCCUGUGUUGCACACGUGGAACACUGGAACAACGUCCACAGAAUUUUGACUAGAUGGUUCCGCCCAGAUCCACUAUGUUGCCAAGGAUAUGAGCAUGAUGUCAUGCCUUCUUGCUGCCAUGAAGGAAGUGAUAGCAGCAGGUGGCCAUGA